AUGAAACCAUAUGGUCUUUUCGUUGUCGGCUUGGCUGCUGUAGUCGCUGCAGCUGAUGUUGGUCUCACAAGCUCAGGCUGUGCCGACUCAUCAGGGCUCGAAAAGUGCCAGGCUUCUGUAAACAAGAAGACAAGCAGCUGCAUCGCCCAAGCCCGCCGCGACAACAGCCAGCAAGAGAUUCUGGCGUGCAGCUGCCAGGAUUAUGUCGACAACUACAACUGCUACGCCGCUUUCUGCUGGAACAGAGUCUGGGAAUGCGAGUAUCAGGAGUACAUGGUUUCGUAUUUCAUGAACUGUCCCACUGCCAAGCUCCCUGUUCCUUACUUUCCCGCACCCAAGAAUGCACCAGACUCUUGCUCUUGUAACGUCGGACAAGUCUUUCUCAACAUCCAAGAUGCCAUUCAACAGACAGCGACGUGUUCGAACGGCGCUGAUUCAGGGGAUGCGGGAAGCAAUCUGCAGCAAAUAGAGGGCUGCAACUGCUGUGAGAUCAGCGGAGCCCUUUCAAGUAUCGUCGAGAUCUGCCCUAAGACCGACCCCAACCUCAUCGGCCUCAAACAAAUCUCCACGCUCGAGUCCCAGCUGAACGUCGAUUACAAAUCCUGCGGAAAAUACAUGGAGACGUACGAUUGUUCCUCCCAGCUUUCGUACUCGUUGGAAGGUGUCAGCACAUAUUACAAGCCUGAUGAUCCCCUGAAGACCGGUACCGCUACCUUGAGUAACAACCCAGGCUCUGUCACGGCACCAGCGAGCGGGAAGGUUUUCUCGUAUACCAAUGGAGGCGAUGGGACUGUCUAUACUAUCACUGCUGCUGGUGUAGGUAAGGACAGUUCUGAUAGCAAGGGGAGCCCUGACAGCACGGGUAGCUCAGGUGGAAGCGACGAUUCAAGGAAUCCCACUGGAAGCUCGACAGGGGAUAGUAGUAAGGCUACCGAGAGUUCCAAGAAGAAUGGAGCGGAAAAAUUGGUGAGUGGAAGUGUGUUGAUAAUGGGAGUGCUGCUCAUUUCCACCUUAACAACCAUCUGUUGA